CACGGCCUGCUCGGACCUGCCAGACCGGUGGCCGCAUGGCUUCGGCCUCCGCUGCAGCGCUAUCGGGCCGGGGGGCCCACAACCUGCUGCCGUUCCUGCGGCUGGUAGGGCAGCUCAAGAGAGUCCCAAGGACUGGCUGGGUAUACAGAAAUGUUCAGAGUCCAGAGAGCGUAUCAGAUCACAUGUACAGAAUGGCAAUUAUGGCUCUGGUGACCAAGGAUGAGCAUCUUAACAAAGACCGAUGUAUUCGUCUAGCCCUGGUUCACGAUAUGGCAGAAUGCAUCGUUGGGGACAUAGCACCAGCAGAUAACAUCCCCAAAGAAGAAAAACAUAGGCGAGAAGAGGAAGCUAUGAAGCAGCUAACACAGCUCCUCCCAGAAGAUCUCAGGAAGGAACUUUAUGGACUUUGGGAAGGCUGCUGUAACAAAUUGCCGGAAAUUUGGAUGGCUUUAAACAACAGAAAUGUAUUGUUUCACGGUUCUGGAGUCUGGAAGUCCAAAAUCAAGGUGUUGGCAGGGCUGUGCUCUGAAGGCUCCAGGAGAGGAUCCUUUCUUACCUCUGCCUGGCUUCUGAUAGAUGCUGCUUCUAGCUUUUGGCAUCCCUUGCCUUAUAGACACAUCACUCCAAUGUAGGCCUCGGCAGUCAGAUGCUGUUCUCCCUGGGUCUGUAUCUGUGCCCAAAUUUCCCUCUUCUUGUAAGGACACCAGCCAUUGGACUAGGGUCCAUCCCAAUCCAGUGUGACUUUAUCUCAAUUUGAUUACAUCUGCAAUCUUCCAGAUAUUCCAUUAUUUGGAAAUAAGGUCAUAUCCACAGGUUCCAGGUAGACUUGAAUUUUUGGAAAACACUAUGCAACCCAUAUACACUCUCAUAUUAACUUAAGCAUUUUUAUAAUUCAUGUCCUAUGUUAGUACAUGGAUUUCGAUAUCCAAUUUCCAGGGUUCAGAUGCCCUGUUUACUAGCAUUGUGAUCUUGGGCAACUUAUUGAACCUCUGUGUGCUUCAAUAUCCUUAUUUAUAAAAUGGCAAUAGCAGUAGAAUGCCUAUCUUAUAGUGUUGUAUGGCAAUCAGAUUAAUUACUAUAUGUAAAGUGCUUGGAAUAUUGCCUGGCACACGGUAAGCUCUAUCUUUCUUCUGUCUCCAUUCCAUAUGUUCUGAUUUUGGUUUAAGAAGAUACGGUCAUUCUGUACCCAGGGAACUUAGAAUAGUACAGUUACAUAGAAAAUGCCAGUUGAGGGGCACCUGGGUGGCCCAGUCUAUUAAGUGUCAGACUUCAGCUCAGGUCAUGAUCUCAUGAUUCAUGGGUUUGAGCCCCUCAUCGGGUUCUGUGCUGACAGCUCAGAGCCUGGAUCCUGCUUUGGAUUCUGUGUCUCCCUCUGUCUCUGCCUCUCUCUUUCUCUCAAAAAUAAAUUAAACAUUAAAAAUUUUUUUUUUAAUUAAAAAAAGAAAAUGCCAGUUGAUUGAUUUCUGAAAUGUUAAUCAUAGCUGCUCACCACUAUAAAUAGCUAUGAACCCAGAGGGUCACAUCUAUUUAAUGCAGUUCAACAUCCUUGAUUAUAAUUUAUCUUUGCCAUAGAAGUGUGAAACCAAAUAUCAGUAAGUCAAGAGCAAACAUUUUCAUUUUUCUCAAAGCAUCACCGAAAGAUGUUCACCCCACCACCUGCCUUUCACUUUAAAGAAAUAUCCCCAUGAAUCCCAAGGGAUAGCAGGAGCUGCCCCUCAUGCAGUUGCCAUUGCCGGAAGUCCAAUCAGUUGGAGACACGGUGGGUUAAUGGGUACCCUUUAAAAUCUCCCUACAAAGGAUACUUUGUAGUUCAGGUGCAGUAUUUUAUUGGGGAGUUUGAUGCAGAGCAACAUGAGAGUACUGGGUCCCAGAGGAAGAGUCACAGAAGGUAGGGAGUGAGAGGUGCAAGAGAGAGACUUCAUGUAACUCUUCAGUUGGGGCCGACCCCUCCCCAAAGAAGAGGGAGGAGACUUGUGGCCUUGUCCCCUUUCGUCCCCUUCUCUUCCCUUUCACGACCCAGAUUUGUAUCUCUUUGCUGCUUGAACUCCUUCUUGAACUUCUUCUGUUGCUCCACAGAACCCCAGUCUGAGUCAUUUCAGUCAACUUGUCUUCCCGAGUCCCACCUGGAGGCUGCAGAGUGUUGAUGCAGGGACCUUCCCACCCCCCUGCCUUGGGGACCGGAAUCACUCAUGACCCAUCUAGGUCUCCAGGCUCUGCUGAGCCUCAGGGCUGCAGGACUCCUCGUUGGCAACAGACAGUCUCUCUGUCUCUGGCCCCACAUCAGCUGUCCAUCCCUCUCUUUGCUCACCUGCUUUGCACUUCUCUCCCAACUUUAUAGCAAAUAAUCUUGCCUCCUUCACCGAGAACAUAGAAGUUUCCAGAUGGGAACUUUUCAGGUUUUUGUAAGCCUUGUAAAUAAUGUUUACACAUCAUAUUUUUGAAAUAAACUUCCUAGAUACUACAUCUCUCUACUUCCCUUCACCACCAAAUAGGUCGGACAUGGUCCCCACUCCCUGCCUCUGCCUCCCCACAGCCCACCAGUGUGACUCAGCCCCACCAUGCACUGCUCUUGUAGCGACCUCAGACUGCCUCUGUGUGACUCUGCCUGGCAAGUCCUGCUCUGCCCAGGUGCCACCUGACACCUUGGCUGCAUAGAAGAUGUUGCCUCUCGUCCCUCAGGUCUGCGGCAUGGCUCCCUCCUGAUUUUCUUUGUACCUUUCUGGCUCUUUCUGAGUUUCUUCAAGUGUUCCUCUUCUUCAGCCAACUUUGUCAGAGCCGAUAUUGUCUUCCCAGGGCUGUGUCCUUGGCCUGUCCUUUCUGCACACUCCUCCAAGGCUUCAGUGGUCACAUUCUGAUUAUUCCAUAUGUUCUGAAAAUCUUCCUUCGAAGCUCCAAACAUACAAAUCCAACAGCCUAAUGGAGCUCCACUUAAGUAUCCUGUUCAGCAGGUUCACAGCAUCCUCCUUUUCUUCAGCCCUUUUUGUUACUUUAAAAACUAUUGUAUUGAAAAACAAAACACAGAAAAAAAUUCAAAAACCUUUGUAUAGCAUGAGUUCCUAGAGGGAUGACAUCCUUGUAACUACCACCUACAUCAAGAUUUGGAACUUGACCAUUUCACCGCAAGAAGCCCCUUCCUAGGCCCUGACCAAAGCCAGCCCCUCCCUUCCCCCAAAAGAACCCACUGUCCUGAUUUUCAGUGAUCACCCGAAUUUCUUUAUGGUUUUUUCACCAAAGUGCUCAUCCUUAGACAUUUUAGCUUAAUCUUGCGCAUUUUUUUAAGGCUUAAUGUGUCUUUUUAAUCUCCUUUAAUCUAUAGUUUGUCCCUGACCCCCACCCCGUCUCUUUCUUUUUCUUGCAAGUUAUCUGUUGAAGAAUUCAGACCAUGUGGCUUACAGAGUUUUCCAUAGUUUUGCCAUGGGUUUUGCCAGCUGCACACUCAUGAUGCAGUUCAUGUUCCUCUGUUCUCCUGUUUUCUGCAGAGUGGCAGCUGGAUCCAGAGGCUGGAUCAGACUUACGUUGGAUCUUUUUGGCAAAACUGUAGGUGGUGUUGGAUUCUUUCAUCAUGAGGCACAUGAUGUCUGGGUUUUCUUUUUCUUUUUCUUCUUCAAAAUUCUAUUUAAAUUCUAGUCAGUUAACAGAUAGUGUAAUAAUGGUUUCAGGAGUAGAAUUUAGUGAUUCAUUGCUUACCUAUAACACCCAGUGCUUAUCAUCACAAGUGCCCCCCUUAAGUUACCCAUCUAGCCCUUCCUCCAUCCUUUUUCUUGAUGCUUCUAUCCCUUAAUCCCUUUGGGUUGCAGAAUCAUAAGACACUAUUGUUUUUAUUUUAUUUUCAUUUAGUAGUUGAAAUAAUUAUAUUAGCAGAGGCUUCUUCUCGUCUGCUCUUUGGUUGCAGUUCACAAAGGAAAGGUGGGUUAACACUUGACUUUGGUUGUUUCCUUGAUGGCAGGAAUGGCAGGAUAUUGUAGCCUCACUUAUCUCGAACACGCUUCAGCUAGACCUCCUUCCUGUUUUUUGUUUGUUUGGUUGGUUUUGUUUAAAUGGGUUAUGUUGUUUCAAGACCACAAUAUGCGCACUAGGGUGCUUCCUGCUACUGAGUUGGUUAUGGUUUUCAUGUUUUUAAUGGACAGGGCUAGGAUAUAUAUGUGUGUGUGCCUCCUGAGUUCAUGGUGAUGUUUUCAACUCAGAGUACUGUACGGUUUUCACGUAACCUCUUAUGUUAUGUCUUAACCUCUUCUAUAUUAUACUUUCUUCCAUACAGGGAACCCUGAUUAUACAGGCUUUAUCCUUCUCUACACAUGUACAUGUCUCAGAAUAACAAUUGUAUGUCCCACCUUCGUCAAUUCCGAUUAUUAAAAACAGUUUAAAAAAUUGUUUUGCCUAUGCUGUUUUUAUUUUCCCUUUAUUUUUUUAUAGUUGAACUCCAUCUAGACUGUCAAAUCAUUUAACCAUUACAUGCUGUCUCUCACACCUCAUUUAAUCUUAGUUCUGGGACGCCUGGGUGGCUCAGUCCGUUAAGUGUCUGACUCUUGAUCUCAGCUCAGGUCUUGAUCUCAGGGUCCUGAGUCUGAGCCCCAUGUUAGGCUCCACGAGCAGUAUGGAACCUACUUAAAAAAAAAAAAAAAAGUUCUAUGAGUCCCUGUUGAUGCUCACCACCAGUCCUUAUGUCAAUUUCUCCUGGUCAUUUUGUGUGUCUGAAACUUGUUCUCUUGUAAGUUCUCCAACAAGGACUCACAGGAGCAAUAUUCUCUAAAUCUUGCCUGUUUUUAAUUGUUCCUCUGUGUUCUUUACUCUGGAAGGUCCGUUUUGCUUGAUAUAAAAAUCCCAUGGUUCCCAGUUUCUUUCCUUGAAUAUCUUAAAUACAUUCCUCCAUUCUCUUUGGUCGUAAAGCAUUGUUGUUAGAUCAUAAUUUUAUUUUCCUUAUGUGGCAGAUGCUCCUUUUGCAUAGGUGUACAAAUGAUUUUUUUAAAUAUAUAGUAAUUUCAUUAGAAUGUGCUUUGGUAUUGGUCCUUCUGGGUCAAUAGCCUCAGCUAUUUAGUAUGGGCUUUUAAUUUCAAGAAAGUUUUUUUGAAUAUAGUUUUUCUUUUACUUUAGUUUCCUUUUUCCCCCCAAAGACUCCUACGUGUCUGUCUGUUGAUUCUUCUUCAACUCAGUAUUUGUCACCUUCUCUCUCAGAUCCUUUACAUCAUGUUCAUUUCUUUUUGACUUUUAAGCCUAACUUCCUUUUCAAUUUCUGUUUCUCUUAAGGCGUUAUUUAUCGUGUUAAAAUAUCCAUCCCAGUGUUCCUGUUUGCUGCUUAGCCUUCACUGAGAAAAUGACUUUUUCUUUCAUCUCUAUCUCCAAUUUUUUUAAUGUGGUUAUUUCAUGUCUUACCAUUUUCUUAGCAUCUUUUAAUUCUUUUUGAAGUAGUUUCUUACAGAUUUGAUCCUUUAAAAAAAUGAAGAAUGUCUUUCUGAGGUGACUUUUCUGUAGAGAUGUCAUUUCGCUCCUUGCUCUCUGUAUCUUCUGGUAGUCUUGUAGGGGAUUUGAUCUCUGUGUUUUUUACAUUGCUCAUUUUGAUAUGCACUUCAUUUUCCUUAACUUUUGGAAGGAAACUUGGUCCAGAUAACUUUUUUUUUGACUUCACAGAACUUACUCUUCUGUUUUGGUUUGUGUUUUAAUGGGAUGUUAAAAUGUUCGGUGGCUUAUGUUCAGAUAUUCCCUGGCUUUGUGCUCUUUCCCCACUUUUAUGUGGACUUUUUCUUUGCUUCAUCUUGUUAUCUUACCCAACUCAAUUGUAUUAUUUUUUUAAGUUUAUUUAUUUUAAGGGGGGGUGGGGCACAGAGAGAAUCCCAAACAGGCUCUGCACUGUCCACACAGAGCCCGGUGUGGGGCUCGAACCCAGGAACCGUGAGAUUAUGACCUGAGCCAAUAUCAUGAGUCAGAGGCUUAACUGACUGAGCCACCCAGGCGCCCCAUUUUACCUCACUCGGUUUUAAUUCCACCCCAGCAGCUUCUAUUUAUGUGGGGUCCUGUCCUGGAGGAGCCCCGGGAGGUCAGACUGGUGAAUCCACCUUGGCUGGGAUUGUGUCAGGUGCUGUUGGAGCACACCUGUUGGCUGUCCUGAGCUUCUCCAUCUCUCAGGUGCAUCAGAUCCCCUGUUGCUCCUGCUGAUUGAAAGUGGGGCUUAUGGCACUCCUGGGUGGCUGUCGGUUAAGCGUCCGACUUCGGCUCCGGUCAUGAUCUCGCGGUCUAUGAGUUCGAGCCCCGCAUCGGGCUCUGUGCUGACAGCUCAGAGCCCGGAGCCUGUUUCAGAUUCUGUGUCUCCCUCUGUCUCUGACCCUCCCCCCCGUUCAUGCUCUGUCUC